AAAAUGGCUGCUUCAAUAUCUCAUUUAACAGCUAGUGCUGGAGCUGAACGUAAAGGCAAAGGAUUGAAGAAACCGGACAAUGAACCUUUGCAGCGUUUCGGGGAGGCAAAGAAAAUGAUGUCUGAUAUUUACAAUGAUAUAGGGAGCUGUAUGGGGGAGAUGUCUAAUUUUUAUUCGAAACUCGAUGUUGAUAACAAAAAAUUUGUGCCUCCCCGUCAACUUUCUGAAGUUCAGCGUUAUUUAGAUUCUAUUAAAACAAUAAAAGAAAUGGUUGGACGUGACAAAAUGAAAGUUGUCUUCUUUGGAAGAACCAGUAAUGGAAAAAGCAGCGUUAUUAACGCCAUGUUGUCUUCAAAAAUACUUCCUCAAGGAAUGGGACAUACAACUUGCUGUUUUUUACAAAUUGAAGGUGGUCAGGAAAAUGAAAAAUAUUUUGUUAUUGAAAAUGCGGAGGAGCAGAAAAUUCCUAUUGGAGAUUUGCAUAAGGUUGGACAUGCAUUAGGAAAUACUGGAAAUACUUCCCUUGGAACUGAUUCUUUAAUUCGUAUUAUCUACCCAAAAUCUGCUUCAAAACUUCUCCAAAAUGAUUUGGCUAUUGUUGACAGUCCUGGAGUCGAUUUAAGUCCAGAAUUUGAUGGAUGGAUUGAUAAACAUUGUUUGGAUGCUGAUGUUUUUGUUUUGGUUUGCAAUUCUGAGGCUACAUUAACACAAGCGGAAAAGAAUUUUUUUAUUCGUGUCAGUGAAAAACUCUCAAAACCAAAUAUUUUCAUUCUUUGUAAUCGUUGGGAUGCGAGUGCUUCUGAAUCUGAUGAAAUUCGUUUUCAAAUUCGCGGCCAACAUGAAAGCCGUUUCAAGCAUUUUCUCUCUUCUGAACUCCAAGUUUGUACGCCUCAAGAAGCUGAUAAACGUUUCUUUUUUAUUUCUGCUUUGGAAAUGUUGGACCAGCGUUUGUUUGAUCGUGGUGAAUUAAACAGAAAUCCUCACCUGUUGGAAGGUCAUAAACAACGAGCUCGCGAAUUCAGCCAAUUCGAAGAUCAAUUUGAAAAAUGUAUUUCACAAUCUGCAAUUCAUACAAAGUUUGACGCUCACAGUAGGCGAGCACGUGAAAUUGUUUUUGCUAUGCUAGAUAAUUUGGAAGCAACUAUGGGCGCUGCUGUCCGUGAAAAGCAACGUCUAGCUCUUGAUUUUCAACUUAAAUCAAAAGAACAUGAAGAAAGUGCCAAAAAGUUUAAGAGUUUUGAGAGAACAUUCACUGAAGAACAAUCUAAAAUGCGUUCUGAAGUUCAUAUGAAAGUUUCCUCCGAUUUUGAGGAAGAAGUUGCACGUUUAGAAGCGAUUGUAGAUCAUUUUAAGCAUCCAUUUGUAGAUGAUCCAGUGUCUAUUCAGGAAUAUAAACGGGAGUUGGCCAUUUAUGUAAACGAUGUUCUUACUGAGGAAUUACAAAAUCAAUGUACUGGAGCUUUAAUUACGCGAAUAUGGACGUUGGAGAAUUCUAUGCUAACUUGUAUUCGUCAAAUUGUUGAUGAAUCCCACGCUUUGGAACUUGAGAAAAUUUGGCUUUACAAACUACCCUUUAAAUUUGUAAUAUCAGUAGAAUGUCCAAAAAUGGUUGCAGACUUCCACGAAGAUUUGGAAUUUCGUUUUUCAUUGGGAAUUGAAAGUAUUGCACGAAAAAUUCUUUCAAUAACUCGUGGACAGCCGAUAACUGCAAUUGACAGGAAUUUUCUUCAACUUGGUUCUCCUCGUUCAAGUUCUGGAAUUGGAGCGGGAACCAGUAGUCAACAUCAACCAAAUAAACAAGAAGUUGAUAUGUUUUUGGCAAAUUUAUUAGUUCAAUCGGCAACUUAUUUGGUUAAUGGUUCUGUUGUUGUAACAAUUGCUGGACUUGUAGUUUAUAAAAAUGUUGAUUGGCGUUGGAUUCUUUCUGGAGUUGGUGCCGUUGCCGGUUUUUAUUGUUUUGAACGACUUCGAUGGGAUAAUGGGGCUAAAGAGGAACGUCUUAAAAGUCAAUUUAGACAGCAUUUAGAACAACGUCUUCGUCAAGUUGAGAGUAUUCACACCGGUCAAUGUGAACAACAAGUUAUACAAGAAUUGAAUGGAGUUUGUGGAGGGCUUAGAAAAGUUUUUAGUGGAUUUUAUGAUGAAAUGAAAGAUUUAAUUGAACAAACAAAAAAUAAAAUGGAUAAUGUAGAGAAAAUGCUGGGAUCGAUAAAUACAAUAAAGAAUAAAAUCACCUUUAUGACGUCUACUUUAGAUAGCUUUAAUGAACGUUUUUUGACUUCUACUACAGACUCUCCUUGAAAAGAAUUAUA